AGUAUUUCUUGUAUAUGGAGCUAGCAGGCUGGCAGCAUGACAGGACUCCUCCAAUUUAUUUAUUAUAUUUACCAAAAUUACUAUAAUUGAAAAGAUAGAAAAAUACUCGAGGUUUUAGUUUGGAGACAGUUGUGUGUGUAAAUAGCCAUGUUGUCUGUAUGCGGUGAAAUUAAUUAAUGCCAAGUAACGAGUUGGUACACAUAUCUAAAUUGAGAAAUGUCUGCGGGGAUAAGGUUGCUGUUCUUGGUAAAGCACAGCAGAUUUCUAUGGACUCAGGUGGGCAGAAGUGUCACUACCUGGUCCCCUGUUGGAGCUGCUUUCAACGCUAAACCUCACAGAAGAAUAGACCUCUUUGAGAAGAAUGUGGGCUUGUUUGGAGUGGCUGAGCUGAACUGUCCUGCAGGGUUUCAGGUGGCCACUGCAGAAGCCCUGAAGAAUACGGAGAGGCUGCUGAAGAAGGCCUGCACCUGUCCUCCAGGAGUGCAGACUGUGGAGUCCUUCGAUCAGCUCUCUGAUGGAUUGUGUAAAGUGGCGGACCUGGCAGAUUUUGUGAAAGUUGCACAUCCGGACCCUGCGUUUCGAGAAGCUGCAGAGAGGACGUGUGUAGAGAUUGGUACUGUUGUCGAGAAGUUAAACACUAAUGUUGAGUUAUGUCAGAGUUUAAAGAGGUUGCUGGGCAAUCCUGAAGUUGUAGCUAAGCUGGACCCUGAUACAAGACGUGUGGCUGAAUUGUUCAUGUUUGACUUUGAGAUUAGUGGAAUUCAUCUGGAUGACAAACUGAGGAAACAGGCAGUUGCCCUCCAUGUGAAGCUCUUGGACCUGAACAAUGAUUUCCUGGUUGGUUCACACAUGCCAAACCGAAUUGCCAGAACAGCCAUCCCUGAACAUCUCCACAUCCAUUUUGCAAAUGAAGGAAGCUUCAUCCAGGUUGGAGGAUUACAUGCAGAUUCGCCGGAUGACUUGGUUCGUGAGAUAGCGUACCGCAUAUACCUGUAUCCAAAUGCAGAUCUGAUGGAGUGUCUGGAGGAGCUGCUCAGGUGCAGACAUAAACUGGCCAAACUGGUGGGCUAUGAGUCGUACGGACACCGGGCCCUGAAGGGGACUAUGGCCAAAACGCCUGAGACGGUCAUGAGUUUCCUUCAGCUUUUAACAGACAAACUGGCAGACAGAACGACAAAAGACUUCCAAAUGAUGAAGGAUAUGAAGAAAAAACUCAACCCUCGCAAUUCUGAGCUGAUGCCCUGGGACCAUCCGUACCUGAGCGGUGUCCUUCGUGCGGAGAGAUACAACAUCGAGCCCAGUCUGUACAGUCCAUAUCUGUCAUUGGGAGCGUGUAUGGAGGGCCUAAACAACCUAUUCUCUCAGCUGUAUGGAGUCUCCCUCAUGUCAGAGCACCCCAGAGCUGGAGAGGUGUGGAGUGAUGACGUGCGCAAACUGGCUGUGGUACACGAGACCGAAGGAUUACUGGGAUACAUCUACUGUGACUUCUUUCACCGGCAAGAUAAACCUCAUCAGGACUGUCACUUCACCAUCCGCGGGGGGCGUUGGUGUGAGGACUCAGGACAGUACCAGCUCCCUGUGGUGGUCCUGAUGCUGAGCCUGCCUGCCCCUUCCCGCUUGGCCCCCACCCUCCUCACCCCGGGCAUGAUGGAGAACCUCUUCCAUGAGAUGGGCCACGCUAUGCACUCCAUGCUGGGACGGACCCGCUACCAGCAUGUAACAGGAACUAGAUGUGCGACGGAUUUUGCUGAAGUACCCUCUAUCCUGAUGGAGUAUUUUGCCACAGACUACAGAGUCAUCAGCCAGUUUGCACGUCAUUAUGAAACUGGACAGCCGCUGCCGGAGAGCAUGGUGGCCCGACUGUGCGAGUCCAAGAAAGUUUGUGGCGCUGCAGACACCCAACUACAGAUCUUCUAUGCCGUCCUGGACCAGAUUUACCACGGUGGCCUUCAGAACCGCUCCACCACAGAGAUCAUUCGAGAUAUGCAGCACAAGUUCUACGGCCUGCCCUACGUCCCCAACACGGCCUGGCAGUUGAGAUUCAGUCACCUAAUUGGCUAUGGUGCCAAGUACUACUCCUACCUCAUGUCCCGCGCCGUGGCCUCCAUGGUGUGGAAGCAGUGCUUUGUCCAGGACCCUCUGAACAGGGAGAUGGGUGAGCACUACAGGCGGGAGAUGCUGGCCCACGGAGGAGCCAAAGAGCCUAUGCUGAUGGUGGAAGGGAUGCUGCAGAGACGGCCCACCCUGGAGGACUUUGUGGAUGCUCUGGUGUCAGAACUCAAGCCCAACUUUGAGACCUUCAUCAUGGACUCAGAGGGCUGAAGAUCCAGGCUGCUCCUCAGGCUGCUCCUCAGGCUGCUCCUCAGGCUGCUCCUCAGGCUGCUCCUCAGGCUGCUCCUCAGGCUGCUCCUCAGGCUGCUCCUCAAGACAUUUAUGACACCACCGACCUCUGAUGAUUUUAACCUCUGAAAACAAUGGACAAGUACAACUCAGAAGAAGCCAGAAGAAGCCGUAUAAAAUGGAUAAGCUGUUCCAGUCCUGCUGCUUAUGUCUGAGAAACUGUUCAAGUGAUUAAUGUGCAACUCAGAUUUCAGAAAUAUAUUUGCUUUAAGAUCAAGAAAUUUGCAGAUAAGGAGAUCAUUUCAAGUUUAGUAUUUCUUACAACUUCAACAAUCCAUAUUGGUAUUUAGUAUUCAACUAUAACACACACAACCAGUCAAAAGUUUGGCCACACCUUUUCAUUUCUUUUUCUUCUUUAUUUCCAUGAUUAUUGAUUCUCUCAUCAAAACUAUGAACAGACACACGUGGAAUGUAGUAAACAAAAUUAAUAAUCAAAACAAUGCAAAAUUUGGUUUAGAUAUUAGAUUUUUAGCCACCCUUUGCUUUGAUACCUGCUUUGUACUCUUGCACUCUUUAGGAGACUUCAUUGUAAAGAUCACUUAGAGAAGGCCAAGGGUUUGUAGCACUGUCAACAAAGUAAUGAGUGGCUACAUUGAGGAUUUUGAAUAUAGUUUAUUUAAGUAUUUAACAUUUUGUCUUCCCUACAUAAUUUUAUAUAUCUUGCUUCAUAUAUUUGAUGUCUUCCGUAUGUGUUUACAAUGUAGAAAGUAGAUGAGAUCGUGUGUCCAAAGUUGUUGCCAACAAAAACACUUUUAGCACUUGAGCCUCAAAUGGAGAGUUAUACAUACAUUCAUCAACUCAUUAAAUAUGAUUAGCCAUACCAAAUAUAACAAGCCAAAUUCCCAUUUUUAUUUUUUAUUUGUCGGAUGGUGAGCACUCCUCUCAAAUGUAUGCCCCUAUAAUCUUCUAUGAAACAAUGAUUGGCUAGAGACUUUCCUGUUCUGAUCCCUGCUGGGUCUGGCCUGAUCUCUACUAACAGCUUUCAGCUCAGUGAGUAGUGGAGCAUUGUUUUUUCCUGGUCAAAUCAGCAUGUGAAAGAAUGGCUAAUCUGCUCUUCCUGUCAUGUGACCAGUGUUAUGGUUAUGUAUUAAUGCCGCCCCACAUAUUUUGUCUGUCUGGAGUUUACAGGGGAGACCAACGCAUUUCUAUGAGGUUAUUGUAACACCAUUUUGAAAGCCAUCACACUUUUGUUGCGUUAAUCUAAUAAAUAUGUUUUCACUGU